CAAGGAGGCGGUUCAUAAGAUUCUUGAGGCUAAACUGAACGGUACAAAAUCGUCUAAAGAAAAGUCACCCACUUUCGUCAAGUACACUCCAACGUCUGUGUUUGAUGAAGGUGAGAGCAAGCAACGGAUAAUCAAAAUCAAAGACAAGGAGCUCGACCCCACAUUGCCGCCUACCCUGCGUAUUCACAAGACUCCUCAAGGUGCUGAUGAAGCCCCUGUGCCUGUAAUGCACGAAGAAACGACAGUUAAGCUCACAAAGGAGGAUCAACGAAAGUGGUAUAUACCCCCAGCUGUGUCUAAUUGGAAAAACACCAAAGGAUUUACAAUAGAUAUCGACAAGCGUUUAGCGUCAGUGGGUGAGACUCAUUCCACCGAAAUGAGCGAUAAGUUCGGUGACUUGAGCGAUGCUUUGAAAAAUGCAAGUGAACAAGCAAAAAAAGAGCUGAAGCUUCGUGCCAAGCUGAAAAACCAGCUAGAACAGCAAAAAGUUCUGGAGAACCAGGAAAAGCUACGUGCUCUCGCUCAGGAGGCACGGGCAUCCAAACGCAGCAAAUGGGCAGACGACGAGCCCGAAGAAGUUAGCAAAAUAGCCAGCAGGCGGGAGGAAGCUCGAGCAGAGAGGAGAAGGCGCGCCGAAAUGGAAUUGCGGAGAUCAAAAAUGGGUACCGAGACGAAGGUCAAAGUGCUGGCCUCGGAAGAGGGCCGUGAGAUUAGCGAGCGCGUUGCUUUGGGUGUGGCCUCGAGACAGCAAGAGGCUAAUAAUCCUCAGAACUUAUAUGACGCAAGGCUUUAUCUGAAAGGAGCAGCGAGUAAUGCUCGUCACAGUGAUGAUCAGCUAUAUGAUAAGCCAUUAUUUGAAGCACAAGAUGCCAUCAACGAUAUCUACAGAGCUCGCAGCGGAGCAGAGUUUCAGGGUGAUUUGGACAGGCCCGCGCUUGGCCAUCAAAAAGGCCAGCCCACCACUGGGCCCAUUGAAUUUGAAAGGGAUGUUUCUGGAGAACAUACGGAAAACGAGCAUGGAUUGAAAAAACGACGAGUUGAAUAGAUGUAGUUGAUAAUG